GUGUAGGUAUUUCACAACAGAUGAUAUCGAAGAAGUGCAACUGUCAAUAGUGCAUAAACAACAACAACAACAAAGGACAGCUAAUACAUUUAUUUAUUCAUUCGGAAAUAAUUUUUGCUAAACAACAACAUGGCAUCAACGUUGAAUAUACUUUGUGGAAUAUGCAGUGAAUUCUAUGCGGCUCGUGACAAUAUUUACGUUACUCGUUGUGGUCAUGUAUUUCAUCAGCAAUGUUUAUUCCAUUGGUUAAGGGUAUCACACACUUGUCCCCAGUGUCGAGAUCCUUGUCUACGACAUCGGUGUCACAGAAUAUAUUUAAAUUUUCAACCCUUGGACGAAUCAACAGUAACAAAUUCCCCACCUCAGCUCAAUAAUGUCUAUAGCGGCUAUGAUUGGCUUCACAUAGACCACGAUAUGGAUGCGGAAAUGAUAAAAAGCUUUGGGCUGCACUACGGGACCGAUGAUGAUGGCAAUGAUAUGUACGCUGCUCGUGGUUACUUUAACCAAGAUUUGAUACCAGCCUAUUAUUGCCCACAAAAACGUGGGGUAUAUGUUCCAUGGGGAUUUAAAUCACAUUUUCUAACAAGUAAUAUCGAAAUUUUGGACAUAAGCUGUGAUAAUGCCGAAUAUAAAUGGGUGCCAGCAUCUGAGGGGAAUUUACCAGAAAAUGCAUUGGUCUCGGGCCAUACAGCGUACAGUGAACCGUUGUACAUAGCUCGUGCCGAGCACGAAGGAAAAACUCUGUAUGGAAAAUUACAUCGUCAAUAUAAAAUGGCCUAUAUGCCUUAUGGUGAUGUCGAAGUUUGCAAUUCCCAAUAUGAAGUGCUAGUCAGAAUACCUAAGACAACAGAUAACCCACAGUGAAAAUUAAAAAUAAGUGAUUUGUCAUAUUCUAAUAAUAAUAAGUUAUUAGAGAUGAGACAUACAAUACGAUGAGAACUGUUUUUAGAUCAAAAA